AUGAACCGGGAGUUGGAGUAUAUGUUUGUUGAACGUGCUCGGGUGUGGAUUCCCGAUGCAGAUGAGGUUUGGAAGUCUGCUGAGCUCACCAAGGACUACAAAAAUGACGAUGCCUCCCUGCAGCUCAUGCUGGAAGAUGGAACGAACAUUGAGCACAAUCUUGACCCCAAGACCAAGAACCUGCCUUACCUGCGAAACCCUGACAUCCUGGUUGGAGAAAAUGACCUCACAGCGCUCAGCUACCUCCACGAGCCGGCUGUGCUCCACAACCUCAAAGUCCGCUUCAUGGACUCCAAGCUCAUUUACACUUACUGCGGAAUCGUUCUGGUGGCCAUCAACCCGUAUGAGCCACUGCAGAUCUACGGAACAGACAUCAUCAAUGCCUACAGCGGUCAGAACAUGGGAGACAUGGACCCGCAUAUCUUCGCCGUGGCAGAGGAGGCCUACAAACAGAUGGCCAGGGAUGAGAGGAACCAGUCAAUCAUUGUGAGCGGCGAGUCCGGAGCAGGAAAGACGGUAUCAGCCAAAUACGCCAUGAGAUACUUUGCUACAGUCAGCGGCUCUGCCAGUGAAGCCAAUGUUGAGGAAAAAGUCCUGGCUUCCAACCCCAUCAUGGAGGCCAUCGGAAAUGCAAAGACCACCAGGAAUGACAACAGCAGUCGGUUUGGCAAAUACAUCGAGAUCGGCUUCGACAACCGCUACCGUAUCAUCGGUGCCAACAUGAGAACGUAUCUGCUGGAGAAAUCACGAGUGGUCUUUCAGGCGGAUGAGGAGAGGAAUUAUCACGUCUUCUAUCAGCUCUGUGCAUCGUCACAUCUGCCUGAGUUCAAGAUUCUGAGGCUGAGCAGUGCAAACGACUUCCUGUACACAAGGCAGGGCCGCAGCCCCGUCAUCGACGGUGUGGAUGACACCAAGGAACUUUCCACUACUCGCCAUGCCUUCUCGCUGCUCGGUAUCAAUGAGUCCUAUCAGAUGGGCUUGUUCCAGGUUUUGGCUGCGAUUCUUCAUCUUGGAAACGUGGAAAUAAAGGACAAAGAUUCAGACAGCAGCAUCAUUGCUCCAAACAAUAGCCACCUGACAGCAUUCUGCGAGCUGGUGGGCGUGACCUACCAGGACAUGUCUCAGUGGCUGUGCCACAGGAAGCUGAAGACGGCCAACGAGACGUAUAUCAAGACCCUCCCUCGUCUACAGGCCACCAACAACCGGGACGCGCUCUCCAAACAUAUCUACGCCAAGCUCUUUAACUGGAUCGUAGGGCACGUCAACAAGGCUCUGAUCACUAACUUCAAACAGCACUCCUUCAUUGGCGUCCUCGACAUUUAUGGGUUUGAGACGUUUGAGACCAACAGCUUCGAGCAAUUCUGUAUCAACUACGCUAAUGAGAAACUCCAACAACAAUUCAACAUGCACGUGUUCAAGCUGGAGCAGGAGGAGUACAUGAAGGAGCAGAUCCCCUGGACUUUGAUAGACUUCUACGACAAUCAGCCCUGCAUCAACCUCAUAGAAGCCAAGAUGGGAAUCCUGGACCUGUUGGACGAGGAGUGCAAAAUGCCGAGAGGUUCAGACGAUACCUGGGCUCAGAAACUGUACAACACCCAUCUGAAAACCUGCUCCCUGUUUGAGAAGCCACGCAUGUCCAACCGCGCCUUCAUCAUCCAACAUUUCGCUGACAAGGUCGAGUACCAGUGUGACGGUUUCCUGGAGAAGAACAAGGACACUGUGAAUGAAGAGCAGAUCAACGUGCUGAAGGCCAGCAAGAAGUUUGACCUGCUGGUGGAGCUGUUUCAGGACGAGGAGAAGGCAACCAGUCCCACUGGUCAGGUCUCUGGGACGGGAGGUCGCACCCGCCUCAGCAUCAAACCUGACAAGGGUCGGGAGACGAGCAGCAAGGAGCACAAGAAGACUGUCGGCUGCCAGUUUCGUAACUCUCUGCAAAUGCUGAUGGGGACUUUAAAUGCAACCACUCCACAUUACGUCCGCUGCAUCAAACCCAACGACUUCAAGCUGGGCUUCACGUUUGAUCCUAAACGUGCGGUGCAGCAGCUCCGAGCCUGUGGUGUCCUGGAAACCAUCCGCAUCUCUGCUGCAGGUUUCCCAUCUAGAUGGACAUACCAGGAGUUCUUCAGUCGUUACAGAGUGUUAAUGAAGCAGAAGGACGUGCUUCAAGACAAAAGGUUGACCUGUAGGAAUGUUCUGGAGAAACUAGUGGAGGACCAAGAUAAAUACCAGUUUGGUAAGACUAAGAUCUUCUUCAGGGCUGGUCAGGUUGCAUAUCUUGAGAAGUUGAGGGCAGACAAGUUGCGUGUUGCCUGCAUCCGCAUCCAGAAAACCAUCCGCUGCUGGCUGGCACGCAAGAAGUACCUUCGCAAGCGCAGCGCAGCAAUCACCAUCCAGAGGUUCACCAGAGGAUACCAGGCACGCUGCUUGGCCAAGUUCAUGCGUCGCACUCAGGCGGCCACCAUCAUCCAGAAGUACCAGAGGAUGUGCAUUGAGAGGAAACGCUACAGGCAGAAGCAGGCUGCUGCCCUGGCCAUGCAGACGAUCCUCAGAGGUUAUAUAGCCAGGCUGAAGUACCAGGCGCUGGUGCGGGAGCACAAAGCGGUGAUCAUUCAGAAAAUUGUUCGUGGCUGGCUGGCUCGGUGCUGGUACAAGCGCUGCCUCUACUCCAUCGUCUACCUGCAGUGCUGCUUCCGCAGGAUGAAGGCCAGACGCCAGUUGAAGAAGCUGAAGAUCGAGGCUCGCUCGGUGGAGCAUUUCAAGAAGCUCAACAAAGGCAUGGAGAACAAGAUCAUGCAGCUGCAGAGGAAGAUCGACGCGCAGAGCAAGGAUAAUCUGUUGGUCAUCGAAAAGUUCAACAGUCAGGAGACCUCCUCCUCAGCAGAGAAGGAGAAAAUGCGUAUCGAGCUCAAUCGGCUGCGGGGGGUGGACGAGGAGGCCAAGACCAAAACCAAACAGGUGUCAUCGCUGCAGGAGGAGGUGGAGCGGCUGAGGAAGGAGCUGAGCACGACACAGCAGGAGAAGAAGACCAUCGAGGACUGGGCUCAGACAUACAGGAGCGAAAUGGAGAAAAUGGUCUCGGAGCUGAAGGAUCAGAAUGGUUUGCUGAAGAAGGAGAAGGACGACUUGAACAGGUCGAUUCAGGAACAGAGUCAGCAGAUGACAGAGAAAAUGGCUCGUGUGAUAGUAGAGGAGACCCAGCAGCUGGAGACGGACCUGAACGAGGAGCGAUCUCGUUACCAGAAUCUGCUGACAGAGCACCGUCGCAUCGAGGAGAAAUACGACGACCUGAAGGAGAGGACUCUGGCCUCGAACGUUUCCAAGCCUGGCCACAGGAGAACAGAUUCCACCCACAGCAGCAACGAAUCCGAAUACACUUACAACUCAGAGUACGCCGAAUUGGAGGAAGGUUCCCGUGCCGCCGAAGAUGUGACACGAGGAAUAGAUACCUCACUGACACUCAAGCUGCAGAAACGUCUCACAGAGCUGGAGCAGGAAAAGCAGUCGCUGCGUAACGAACUGGAAAACAAAGAGGACCAGUUCCAGCGGGCUAGAGCGAGGGAUGAUGUCGAGUUUAAAAAGGCUCGAGGAGCAGAGCUGGAGUACGAGUCUCUCAAGCGCCAGGAGCUGGAGUCAGAGAACAAGAAGCUUAAACACAAUCUUGCUGAGAUGAGACAAAGCCUGCUGGGUAAUGCUUCUACAAACUCCGGGGCCCCGGGCUCUCCUGCUUACAAGGUGCUGCUGGAUCAGCUCAACUCCUCCUGCGAGGAGCUGGAUGUCCGAAAGGAGGAGGUUCUGAUCCUUCGCUCGCAGCUGGUCAGCCAGAAGGAGGCCAUGCACCACAAGGAUGAGAAGGAGACCAUGACAGAGCCUUCUGUCUAUGUCGAUGUGUCUAAGCUGAAAGAUGCUGAUGAAAUCAAACAAGCUUAUGUUGGACUCAAAGACACCAACAGAUCUCCUAGGUUCAUGCGUAACCCGCUGGAAGUCAGUGACCUCCUGAGUAGGCUCAGAUCCGCUGCUCCAGACUUCCAUAAGCUGAAUGAGGACGGAGAGCUGUGGCUGGUUAAUCAGGGUUUAAAGGAGACCAUCAGGUUACUGGAGCACCAGCUGCAGACUCAGCGGAGAGGUCACGAUAAUGAGGUGGAGGCGUUGCGCGGCGAGCUGCAGAAUGUCAAGGAGGAGAACAAUCGUCAGCAGCAGCUCUUGGCCCAGAACCUCCAACUGCCUCCGGAGGCCCGAAUCGAAGCCAGUCUGCAGCACGAGAUCACCCGGCUCACCAACGAGAACCUGGAACUCAUGGCCGACGACCCCACAGCAUCCAGAGAGGCUCGAGUCAUCAUUUUACGACGGAUGGUUGAUCUCAUGGAGCAGCUGGAGAAGCAGGACCGAACCAUCCGCAAGCUCAAGAAGCAGCUGAAGGUUUACUCCAAGAGGAUUGGAGAGAUGGGAGCCGGUCAAGCUGAGGCCCAGACGUCUCCAGGACAGAUGGUGGACGAGCCGAUCCACCCUGUCAACAUACCUCGCAGGGAGAAAGACUUCCAGGGGAUGCUGGAGUACAAGAAGGAAGAUGAGCUCAAACUGGUCAAGAACCUCAUCCUGGAACUGAAGCCUCGUGGUGUGGCCGUUAAUCUGAUCCCAGGUCUGCCGGCCUACGUCCUGUUCAUGUGUCUGAGACAUGCUGACUAUGUCAAUGAUGACCAGAAGGUCCGCACUCUGCUCACGUCAACCAUCAACAGUAUUAAGAAGAUACUCAAGAAACGAGGUGAUGACUUUGAGACGGUCUCUUUCUGGCUGUCCAACACCUGUCGCUUCCUGCACUGUCUGAAACAAUACAGUGGAGAUGAGGCCUUCAUGAAGCACAACACAUCGAGGCAAAAUGAACACACUCUGUCCAACUUCGACCUGGCGGAAUACAGACAGGUGAUCAGUGACCUGGCCAUCCAGAUCUAUCAGCAGCUGAUCAAAUGCAUGGAGAACAUCCUCCAGCCCAUGAUAGUCUCUGCCAUGCUGGAACACGAGACCAUCCAGGGCGUUUCGGGCGUGAAGCCCACAGGACUCCGGAAGCGGACGUCCAGUAUUGCAGACGAGGGCACCUACACCCUGGACUCCAUCUUGCGGCAGCUCAGCGCCUUCCACUCCACCAUGUGUCAGCAUGGCACCGAUCCCGAGCUGAUCAAGCAGGUGGUGAAGCAGCAGUUCUACAUCAUCGGAGCAGUCACCCUUAACAACCUGCUGCUGCGCAAGGACAUGUGCUCCUGGAGCAAGGGCAUGCAGAUCAGGUACAAUGUGAGCCAGUUGGAGGAGUGGCUCAGGGACAAAGGUCUGAUGACGUGCGGAGCCAAGGAGACUCUGGAGCCUCUGAUCCAGGCUGCUCAGCUGCUGCAGGUGAAGAAGAAGACGGACGAGGAUGCUGAGGCCAUCUGCUCCAUGUGCCUGGCCCUCACCACUGCUCAGAUUGUGAAGGUCCUGAACCUCUACACUCCAGUUAAUGAGUUUGAGGAGAGAGUGUCUGUCUCAUUCAUACGAACGAUACAGACUCGUUUGCGGGAUCGUUGUGAGAGUCCCCAGCUCUUGAUGGACACAAAGAUGAUCUAUCCGGUCACCUUCCCAUUCAACCCUUCCUCCCUCGCCCUGGAAACCAUCCAGAUCCCCGGCUCGCUUAACCUGGGCUUCCUCACCCGCGUCUAA